UAUUUCUCCUAAGUCAUCCACUUUUCUCUGUAACUCUCUCUUUCCCUCAUUAUUACCCGAAUGGCAGCCGUAAGCCUCUUAGGCUCUAUUACCGCACAACGGUGAACCUUCUCCAUACAAAGCGAGGGAAGAGGACAUGCAUUCAGCAGGGUCUUUCUCUUCAUUUACCAUUCUCCCAUUUCUCCUCCCCUCUUCACAAGUCACUGGAUCAGGCACAACAUGGAUGCAAGAGAUUAUUCCCCUGGUCCUCAAUGGAGGAGAUCUUACUCCAGUGCAGACCAUCCCAAACUGGGACCGGGUUCCUUGGCUUGAAGAGACACGUGCUGCUGUGGUCAUGGACAAGCUGAGUUCUCCACGGGCCAUAGUCUCCCAUAUGCCUUAUCAUCUGAUGCCUUCCACCUUCUUCUCUUCUAAGGCUAAGGUCAUAUAUAUUGCCAGAAAUCCUAAAGAUGUCUUUGUUUCAUCUUUUCAUUUCCACAAUAUGUCCAGUUUUCUGUAUAACCCAGGAACAUUUGAAGAAUUUGCUGACAAAUUGUUAGCAGGGCAAGUGAUUUUUGGGAAGUGGACUGAUCAUAUGAAGAGCUGGAGAAACCCAGAUUUAGAAGACAGAAUUCUCUAUAUCACUUAUGAGGAGCUGAUUCAGGGAAGGGCAUAUGAUGUGUGACAAGCACAAUCUUGUCAGUUUAUUGCAAGAUUACUGCAUGAUGAAACAGAGUUAUACAAUCACACAAGAUUUUGCAAGUGCUUUGUGUAACUGUUACAGCAUGUGACAGCAUACCAUACACAAAGAAAUUCUGUUGUGAGUUCUGUAUUAAUUUGAAUGCUUUCAUCACUAAGGAGGCAUGUGAAAUGUUUCAUUACAACAAAAUCCAGUCCGAAUAGAGCUAUUGACACCUUACAACUCACUGCACAAUGUACUGGGUUACAUUCAGGUAAUGAUUUAGGGUUACAUUCUGGAUUAAGUCAAUAUUGAGUUCAAAUAUUUAAUAAUGCAUUAUUUAAAAGGCAUAUAGCUAUGUGUAUCCAGUGUGGGAAAUCACAUCCACACUGAUAUUUUUGGGAUGCAAACAGACUUCUUCACAUGCAGUAUAGCAGUAUUCAUUCCAAAAUUACAGGAGCUAACAGAUAACUUACUUUAAUUUAUCUUAUUUUACAAAGGAUCUAUAUCAUCCAGUUAUAUCUUCUCUCUCUUAGAAGAGAGAGAAGAUAUAUCUUCCCUUCUUCCAUAUAUUUCAUCCAGGAUUGUUUUUUUUAUGUAGAUAAUGGACGAUGUGCUUUGUUGGAAGAAACACACACACACACACACACACACACACACACACUCAAACUGAAAAAAAAUACGGACAUUAUGUUUAGUAGUAACUGCAUUAUCUUUUAAGUAUCUUUUUAAAAUAUGCAGUUAUUGAUUUUGUCAUUCCUGCUUUUUUGUGUUUCUUGGUUUUGUGUGUGUGUGUGUGUGUGUGUGUGUGUGUUUUCCAUCAAAGCACAUCUUCCAUGUAUUAAUUAAUUAGGUGUAUUAAUAUGGCUAUACUGCCAUCUGCUGGACGAAACUCUAAAAGAGCUUUAAAAUAAAAUAUUUUGAUAAGUUUGGUCCUUAAAAUUGAUUGGAGAGUCAGCUUAAUCACAACUCUGAGAAUUAAAG